AUGCCGACCCACUUUGCUCACGACGAUAUGGGUGAAGGAGGUGUUGAGGAUCUUGCCAUCAUUUGCGCGGCAUCAACCGCUCAAGACGACGAUUGGGUAGCCCAAGAGGAGUCCCACAUUGGUGAGGCCGUUGCAGGAGACUUGGCCUCGUUUCCACUACCAAAAACCCCAGCUGACACUAGCUGCCCAAACGCCUCGCCUCCUUCACUCUCGGGGUUCCUAUCAUCAAGCAACCCGCCCCUUCCACCUGACAAUGAAGUAAUCGAAGGCUGCAGAACCUUCGUGACGUCCUACUUCCAGCUGGGCUUCAUACCAAAAGCCAUGUUCCAGGAGAACCUUGUCCGCAACCCUGCAUCCACGAGUCGCUUCCUCCUUUGCUGCAUUCUGUCAAUAUCUUCGCGCUUUACACCGUCUUUAGUACAUCGCUAUGGCUCUGCUACCACGGCAACAGACCACUUUCUCAAAGCAGCGCGAGCGCUGGCGCCACAAGAGAUGUAUCGCCCCUCUCUCGACAACACCCAAGCCUUCUUCCUGCUUGCCAUCGCGGAAUGGGGCAAUGGAGACCGUGAUAGAAGCUCUAUGGACAUGGGAGUUGCUGUUCGUAUGGCCACCCUACUGAAGCUGCACCGGGAGGAAACCUAUACGCUACUACCAGACGCCGACGCCGAGCAGCUCGUCCGAGCGGAGUCAGCCAGACGGACCUUCUGGAUGAUACAGAGCCAGGAGAACCUACACUCUGGAUAUAGCACGCCGGCGCCCUUCUCCUUGGACGACAUUACAGCAUACCUGCCCUGUGACGAGAGCGACUUUGCUUUUGGGGUAGUACCUGCCACAAGGUCUGCUUUGCCUGGUACGCCACCUGCGCUGGCAAACCCUGCGUUAGAAACAGGUACUAGCCGGUGCCUCUUCGCGACUCUUAUCCAAGCACAUAAUCUUUGGGGCCAAGUAGCUCGUCGAGCUGGUCGCCCAGGGCUCGGUUCGGACGACGGCGGUAGUCACUCGGUGAUGAUAGCUUCGCUUCGGAGUUGGGAGGAAGAGAUGCCUCCUAGGCACAAAUGGAGUAUAUGGAAUCUGCGAGGGUGGAAAGCAGAGUCCUUGCACCUUGCCUACCUAUCCGUGGUUAUGGUGCUGCGGUUGAGCAACAUUGUUAUCCGCCGCAUCUACAUCGAUCAAAUCAUCAGGGCGCUGUCCUCAACAACCCAAGAUGCUUUGUCCGAAGAGGGACAAGCGCCAAGCGAAUUCUGGAAGAACAUGUCUCACGAGCUCUUCGCCAAUGUAGUAGAGUUACACGAACAGGUGGAGGCCUACUUCAGCGUGAGAUCCAGAGACGAAGGGUUCCCCGCCAUUCUAGUCUUCUGCGUCUACAUAUGCGGAUCCUUGGCCUCGUAUCUCUGGCGCCAUCCCCAGCUUUGCCCGCACAUUGCCACUUCUGAGGCCGAGGGCAUGGCGAUGGGUUCCCUGAAAGUCCUUGGCGAGCUGCAUGAGGCAUGGCCCACCAGCGCUAGAUGGCAAAGGGGCCUCCAGCAGAUUGCGAGCCCUCUAUCUAAUACAGUAUCUCCGGUUGCGGGAAAAGAUCCCGGUGGAGCGGGAGUGUCUGCGAGGCAGGAUAAUAGCGGACUGGAUGCGGCGUGUAACACUAUCGCGGACGGUCCAGCCGACCAAUUCGAAGCUGAGCUUGCGGCCUUUCUGAACGGAGACUUACACUAUGACCUGCUUGAGGGCCUCGGUACAUCAGUUGGCCAGUUCGAUUGA